AUGCUUAAACCUAAUAGAAAAAAAAGAAAAAUUACCACAGCAGUACAAUCAACUUUGUCCGUCGCUUCUGAUGAUGAAAUUGAUAAUACAAUUGUAUAUUGUAGACUUUGUACUCAAGAAUUAGAUGAAUUAGACAGAAUUCAAGCACAACCAUAUCCCUAUAGCAAAUCAGGAAAUAGUACAGGAAACUUAGUAAAGCAUUUAUGUGAGAGGCAUAAUAUAACUUCAAAGAAUUAUAAAAGAUACCUCGAUGAUAAUAAACAA